UACAUCAGUGAACAAUAUGUAAUGUGUUUUCUUGUGUGGCACUGCUACCUGCAACGCAUCUAGUAAUUUUUACCUUUUCGCUAUUUUGCUUGACAAGUAGCUUGUGUGGAUCAGGAGGAGAGGGCAGCUUCUGCCAACAUUGGGAUUCUAAGAAAGUAUGAGCAUGGAAGGGCUAACUGUAGAAGAUGAUAUCUCUAUAUUGAACCAUGAAGAAGCCAGCCCUGAAGUAACAAACCUGAAGUAUAGCCCAAGUGCAGUUUCUUCAGGCGAUGAAUCUCUUGCUUCCCACUUUGCACUUGUCACAGCCUAUGAAGACAUCAAAAAACGACUGAAGGAAACAGAGUCUGAGAAUUCUUUCUUGAAGAAAAGAGCCCGGAUUUUGGAAGAAAGGCUUCUUACUGCUUCACUUGAUAAUGAAAAAAAUUCUUUAGGACAGGAGGAAGUGAAUAAAGCGUAUCAGGCAUAUCGGGAAGUCUGUAUUGAAAGAGAUAAGAUGAAACAGAGACUAGAAAGAAUGAUCAAAGAGCAGAUGGAUUCUGUGCGAAUUCUGAAUGAAACUCUGCAGGCUAAAGAAGUAGAGAUUCUUCAGCUCCGAAGUGAAGUUGAAACCCAUCAAGUGAUGGAUGAUCUGCAUAGAACCCAGCAUUCUUGGGAUUUAGCAAAAUCAAAUAAUGAGCUGAAGAUGUAUACCCUGAAUCAACAGCUGGAGAUACUUAAAAAGGAAUGCAAUUUCCUUAGAGUAGAACUACACAACUGUAAACAAAAGGAAUCAAGUCUGAAUGACUACACAUCCAAAAGAGAGAUUCUGAGCAAUGAGGAAACGGUGAGAGAAGUGGGUUUGCAGAAACCAUACCAGGAUCUGAAGAGAGAAAUGUCUAACUUACAUUUGGUGACAAAGACACAAGCUGAGCUUCUGCGAAAACUGUUAGCCACGCAAAGCUCAACAAAGAAUGUUCAGUGUCUCGAUGACUUGGUACUUGACUGUGGAAAACUGGAGCUCAAUUCUUCUGGAGCAGUUUAUCAAGCACCAUGUUCCUCUUCAAAGCAUACUGACAUGAAAAUUUCCCACUUUACUGCAAAUCACCAUUUUCAGCAAGAUACUGCACCAUUAUGUGAUCGCGAGUUCCUUGCGCCAUGGACAAAUACGAGACCCAGUGCUGGUUUGGAGGAAAUUGAUUCUUAUGGAAAGGGCUCAUUUGAUGAUGACUCAUGGGUUUUUCCUAGCUCACCAACAGAUAACCCAAGCAAUGCGGCAUUUUGGAAAACUGGAAAUAGCUCUCCCUCUUCAACAAUGAAAAUCCCUAUUGUGAAUAUACGUGAUUCAGAGUCUGCAUUCAGGAGCUGAGCUGCAUAAUAUAAUUGAAAACUUCCUGUUAACGGAGAACAUCUGGUCACAAUUUGAGAUGUAAAUUUAGUUAAAAGCAAAGGUUGGCAAGGCAGUAGUUUCUGUUGAUGCUUCUAUAAUUGGUAUUCCAUUUCAAAAAAGCAACCAUUUUUGAGAAUUGCUGAUAACAUUUACAGAACGUGCCAUGUGUCAAACUAUUGCACAGUGACUUUUUCUUUUUCCCAACUAAUAGUCCAUCUUGUAUAAAACAAAAAAUUAUGUAGAAAUAAGCUUCUCCAUAAGCUGUCACAUGAACCUGAGCCUAGUUUUGGGAAGUAGUGCUGAAAAUCAUGACUUUUCAAGAAAGUCAUGGCACUGGAGAACCUGUAAUCUGUCAGAAAUGCAAAUGUAUUGUUCACAUUAGCUAAAUUCUGUUCAACAUUAUGAAAACCAAGGAUAAAUUCUAUUUGAACAUAUUGUUUUAUUCUGUGGAGAAAGAAAUUUUGCUCAUCCUCCUUGCACUGAUAUUGCACCUGGUUAUUUUUGAUUCCUCUAAAAGUGCCUCCAUAUUUAAUGGAAUAUGCUGGGUUUUUCUUUCAGAAGUUUCUCUUAAUGCCACUGCCAUUCCUGCUCAAAGGAAAAACAUAGUUGCUCUAAAAUUCAAAUAAUAAGAUAUUAAAAGUAAAAUUGCAAUUUUCAGUGCAUAUAUAAGCAAUAUAAUGCUCUUAUGUAGCCUGUUGUGCUUGUCAAUGCAGUCUAGCAAUGGAUGGUAUCUGAUGGAACCUUAAAAGGCUUAGCUCUAAUUGUUGCUCAGUUUUCUUAAAACUGUGAAAUGUCAAUAUUUUCAGAAAUGUGUUAAUACUUUCCAGAUUAUAGCCCAUUUAAAGGUUUUGACAAUAAAUGGAACUUGUAGAUAACCAUGCUAAUUCUUCUUUAGUGGAUUACAAGAAGUGAAUUUGAAUUUCAACAUUAGUUGGUUUUCAUUCUCUCGUGGUGAGUUGAUUAACUUUAGCAAGCUUCCAAACAGGACAGACUGAUGAGAGGUCCAUCAGGAAAAGGAGGAACAUUAGUUUGACCCAUGUUACCAACCGUGUUACAAAGGGAAAAUUUGUGGUUGGCUGUGGAAGGCAAGGCAAACAUGCUGGAAGGUUAGUAUGGAGGACUGAUUUAGGAAUAGAUGCCUAAAUGGAAAUAUUUUAAGAUCAUUCUGUUUCAGUGCUACUGGAAAUCUAUAUUUAAGAAAAUAGCGAUAGAGUUGUAUUCAAAUUCUAGAUAUUUCUGGGUGGGAAUGAUUGUCAUUUCAGAGUAUCACAGUAAACGUUUCCGAGUAUUUAGGUGCUGUAUCAGCUCUUUAAUCAGUUCAGAAUUUUAAGUGAUUUGUUGCAAAGAAAAUAUUUUGCAUUUUUUAAAGUUGUUCUCUUGCACUUACUGCAAAUAAGUGUCAAUUUAGCACUGUUAACAAUUAUUGUCCGAUUUCAUCUAUUUAUAAUAAAGCUUAAAUUGGGUUUUAAAUUAUGGUCCAAAAUUUUUUGUCAAAUAAUAUAGUCCUUGCAGAUCACUUGUAUACACAUUAUCAUUCAUUUUUUCAACUGUGAAACAGUUAUGUGAUGCAAUGUAUUACUGAAUAAAUUAAUGAUGACUAAACUUUCCAAAAAAUGUGACAUAUGUUAUUUGCUGAGGGAGAGCUUUUCUUUGCAUUUGGUAAUGCGUAACUGACAUUAAGCUUCUAGCUUCAAUUCCAACAAGAUUAGAACACAGUAAUGUAGUUGUUAUGCUAUUGAACUAGUAUUCUAGAGGCCUGAAUUAAUGUUGCAGACAUGUGUUUUCAAAUCUGACCACAGCAAGGUGAAUUUAACUUUAGUUAAAUAAAUAUUGAACAAGUAAUGGUGGUCAUCAGA